GUGCAUGCGCAGCGGUGCUGCUAAAAAGUGUACUGUGUUUCUGUUUACAGUGUUUUGUGUUUAACAACUAAAAAAGAAUUGAUCGAAAGCUUGAGAACGAUUUCAGACGUAGUUUCAAGAUGAUGGCUGGCAGUGUUAAAGCCAUUGACAGACAGUCUGUUCAUAGGAUAUGCUCAGGUCAGGUGGUCCUUAAUCUAGCCACAGCCAUCAAGGAACUGGUGGAGAACUCACUGGAUGCUGGAGCCACAAAUAUAGAUAUCCGUCUGAAAGAUUAUGGCUCAGAAGUAUUGGAGGUUAUAGACAAUGGUUCAGGAGUUGAGAACAACAACUUCCAGGGACUUACAUUGAAACAUCACACCUCUAAGCUGAGAGACUUUUCUGACCUAAGCAGUGUUGAUACCUUUGGGUUUAGAGGGGAAGCCCUCAGCUCUCUUUGUGCUCUCAGUAACAUGAUAGUGGUUACCUGCCAUGAGUCAGCUGCUGUGGGUACCAGGUUGGAGUAUGAUCAUGACGGCAGACUGGUCAAGCAGACACCCUGCCCAAGACAGCAUGGCACAACAGUCACCCUUCAAAAUCUCUUCUCAACACUACCAGUCCGGCACAAGGAGUUCCUAAGGAAUCUCAAGAAGGAGUUCACUAAGAUGGCACAGUUGCUUCAAGCUUAUGGGAUCAUCAGUUCAGGGGUGAAGCUAACAUGCACCAAUCAGAUAGGCCAGGGGAAACGUUCCCCUGUCAUGUCAACCAGUGGAAAUACUCUACUCAAGGAGAACAUUGCCAACGUUUUUGGGUCAAAGCAGCUUCAGAAUGUGAUGGAUUUUGUGCAAGUCACCCCAGGCUUUGAACAAUGCGAGGAGUAUGGACUGACUGAACGCCAAGUACAAGAACAACUUUUCAAAAUCACAGGUUAUGUAUCCAAGAGUGACCAUGGUAGAGGCCGAAGCAGCGCUGACCGACAGUAUUACUACAUCAACAAGAGACCAUGUGAUUUUCCUAAGGUGUCCAAGCUUGUGAAUGAGGUGUACCAUAUGUACAACAGGCACCAAUACCCAUUUGUGGCUCUGGACAUCUCCCUUGCUAAAGAUUCUGUGGAUGUAAAUGUCACACCGGACAAGAGGAAGAUUUUCGUUCUGGAAGAAAAGAGCUUGUUGGCCAUGUUGAAGACGUCAUUGCAACAGAUGUACGAACCGCGAUCCUCCGUCUAUGAUGUGAACUCGCAGAUGAGGUCAUCGUCUGGGGCUGGUACGGGGAAAACGGAGACCGGAGGACUGACAAGUCUGAUUGCUGCCAGACCUCCACCAUGCACUGGAUCAGCCACUGAGGGCAAUAGACCAGACUACAAGGGACUUAAAGUUACUUUGGCUGGGUUAAAGCGAUCCUUCUCGCAUGCAGGAGGGAGCAGUGAAAUCAAUACCCGAGAAACACAGGAGAGAGUAUCCAAACAGCCCAAACUUGACGCCUUCCUUUUAAAACGUGCAAAAUCAAAACCAGUCCAUCAAAACUCCACACAGAAUAACUCACAAUCUCCAAGUCAAACAUGUUCAAGUCCCAGCAAGCGUUCUUUACUCAGUGAGGAGAUUGAGCUCUCAAAAGUUGCUCCUGAUGAUGAAGCCAGAGAUGUCAGUCAAGAGGAUCACAAAGGGAGUAAUCUUUUCCUGGGAACGAGUAACCUUGAGAGAGAUUUGCCGUCAAGUUCCAUCACUGACUCGUCUGAUGAUGAGAAACGGACUUUGGGUUUGCAGAACUGCACCUCGACACACUCAGAAGGAGAUAAGAGCAACCUACAUGUAACUUUGCCUCAAGAGAGUGGCCAAUCGGAAGUGGACAUUUGCAGUCAUUUGAAUGUCCUCCACCAAUCAGACGAGGCUAAAGCGGCACCCCAUUGCAGAGUGUUAGUGACGGACUCGUCCACCAAUGAAAGAAAAGAAUUGGAAACUCCGGUUGCAGACUGCAGUUCUGUGGCAAACAAAGCAGUUGAUAAGGCACCCAAAGAUGAUGAAGAAAUAUCAACGGUUUGUAGGGAAGUUGCAGAAGAAAUAACAUCAUGCAGCACAACAAAUUCAAAAGCAGGCUCGCUUUUAAUGGAUGACUCUAAAUUUAAAAAAACAUCGUCAAGACGGAAAGAAGUAAAGGUGCCAUUUUCAUUGGACAGGCUAACAGAACAACUAAAACAACAAACAGAUGCCUCAUGUAGCUCAAGAUCCUUCAGUCGUACAUUUAAGGCUGCCAUUACUCCAUUGGAUAACAGCACAGCAGAAGAUGAACUCACUAAAAACGUCAGUAAAGACAUGUUUCCGUGCAUGGAGAUUUUAGGCCAGUUUAAUCUAGGGUUCAUUAUUGCCAAGCACAAGAGAGACUUGUUCAUCAUCGACCAGCAUGCCACUGAUGAGAAGUACAACUUUGAGAUGCUGCAAAGGCACACCAUUCUACAGGGUCAGAGGCUAAUACAGGCCAUGCCAUUGGAGCUGACAGCAGUCAAUGAGUCCAUACUGAUAGAUAACCUGGACAUCUUCAAGAAGAAUGGAUUUGAUUUUGCCAUCGACGAAGAAGCAACGCCAACUCAGAGGGUCAAACUGACAUCCUUACCAAUGAGCAAGAACUGGACGUUUGGAAAGGAGGAUAUUGAUGAAGUCAUCUUCAUGUUGAGCGAUGCACCGGGAGUCAUGUGCAGGCCCAGCAGAGUACGUCAGAUGUUUGCAUCACGGUCAUGUCGGAAAUCCAUCAUGAUUGGUACAGCGCUCAAUCAGAGAGAGAUGAAGAAGUUGGUGUGUCACAUGACUGAAAUUGACCAGCCCUGGAACUGUCCACAUGGUCGACCCACAAUGAGGCAUUUGUUCAACUUAGAUAUGCUACCAGACUGAUGAUUAAGAACUGAAUACCACUCAAUCGAAUGGAGUUAGCAUUUCAUCACUUGCUCCAAUACAAACACAGUGCGGGAUAGGAUCCAAAUCUAAUCUCAGAAUAAGGUUGCUUAUAAAUUGCAGAUUUUUGUCAUUAUUUGCGUAUCAUAAUACUUGAGGAAAGAGAACAAUUGUCUUUAAGAAAACAGUGAAAAAGUUGACAUGCAUUGAUGUUGUUUUUUACAUGUUAAAUUUUUUAUUUUGUAUGCCCGACUAGACAAUAUAAAACCAUUUAGAUUUCAACAGAAUCUCUCCAAACGGACAGCAAAGUGACUGAUUUUAUACCAAAUAAUGUAUUCAAGACAUAAUAAGGCCUUAAUUGGAUAUAUUUUUUAACACGCACUCAUUCAUAGCAGGCCUUUGACAAAACAUAGAACUUUGGAAUUACAAACUCUCACCCAGUUACAUGUAUGUACAACACACACAUGCACUCUCCAAUGAUAUGAUACUCAGGCCGUAUCCAUGAUGAAACUGGGUGAGCUGGUGAGAUAACAAGGACGUUACUUCUUUAAAAGGCAGUGGACACUAUUGGUAAUUGUCAAAGACUAUCCUUCACAGUUGGUGUAUCUCAACAU